AAUAUAUAUAGAUUAUGGGUAUUGGAGAUCUUAAAGUGAAGUGCGUUACUGAAUGCAGGUAAGUCAUCUGGGUGAGUGAAAAUGGUGGAUAAGACCAAGGGGAGAAAGGAGGAGGUGGUUACCAGAGAGUACACUAUCAACCUUCACAAGCGCUUGCAUGGAUGCACCUUCAAGAAGAAGGCUCCCAAUGCUAUUAAGGAGAUCAGGAAGUUUGCUCAGAAGGCGAUGGGAACAAAGGAUGUGAGAGUGGAUGUUAAGCUGAACAAGCACAUCUGGAGCAGGGGGAUCCGAAGUGUUCCUAGGAGGGUCAGGGUUCGCAUUGCUCGCAGGAGGAACGAUGAUGAAGAUGCAAAGGAAGAGCUCUACUCUCUUGUCACUGUUGCAGAAACUCCAUCUGAAGGACUAAAGGGCCUGGGCACAAAGAUCAUUGAAGAUGAGGACUAAUCCUUCUAUUUGUGUGAAAAAGAUUUCCCAUCACAGGCUAUAGGUUAAAUGGGAGUUCUUUUUUGCAAAUGUUGAGUGUUUUCUGACGGAUGAAUCUUUCUUUUUCUACUAAGAUAAUUUCAUUGCCGUUACUUAGAUUUUCA